AUGUCUUCGAGUACUCUCCCCCUGGUGCGGCUACCGGAGCCGUACAAGACAACUUAUGAAUUGCACGUCGUAUCUACCGACCGGAAUCUCCGCAAGUUCCAGCUGCUGAGAGCUCCUCGCGGAGAUGAAGGCAUACCACCCCCAAAGCCAUUGGACCACGCGUCGUUGAAGUUCACAGAUUUGGCCCAACCCAACCCUUCUUCCACUCCAGAGGAAGGAAACAACUCACCCUGGGCACGUGCACAGAGAAGUCCAGUUACCUAUAUUACAUGGGAAGGGUCGGACACGCCGACGGUGGGCCAGGUCUGGAAUGUGGUGUAUGCUAUUGAGACCCUGCGAAGCGAGUUCGAGAUAUUCCGUGGUGUGCUGUCUGGUACUGGGAGUGAGAUACUUGCACGCGAGCUAGAAGGCGUGGGAUUGGCCAUCGCGCAUCCCGAGCCAUCUGCUGCGCCAGGAAAGCCCAUCCCAACCACCACUAACCACCUCGGACAGCUUGUCUUUUCCCGCAGUAGCUUCUGGCAAGGAGCUGGCUCACCUUUUGGCACCCGUCCAGCGUGGGUGUCCGACCCGGGGAUUUACAGCUAUAUGCGCAAGCCGUUGAGUGAAUACCCUUGCCGACCACGCCAACACACCGUCACCACUGGUUUCCCCGAGCGUCGAGUGCACGCCCUUCACCCGGUACGACCACCUAAACCAUCCCCCGGCUCUCGCAUCUACAGUCGCUACAUUCCACACUUGGACGAGUUUUUCUCAGUCUAUGCGCUUGACUACACAAACGAGGAACACCUGGGGCUGUUCAAUAAGUGGCAGAAUGACCCUCGAGUCGCUCAGGGGUGGAACGAAACUGGAACUUUGGAGCAACACCGCGAAUACUUGCGCAAAAUCCAGGAGGAUCCGCACCAGAUCGCUGUGCUAGCCAAGUUCAACGACACUUUCUUUUCCUAUCAUGAGAUAUAUUGGGCGAAGGAGGACCAUCUCGGUGCGUACUACGAUGCUGGUGACUGGGACAGGGGCCGCCAUUCGCUAGUCGGUGAUGAGCGUUUCCGAGGCCCGCACCGCACCAUUGCGUGGUGGUCUGGAUUGAUGCAUUACAUCUUCCUGGAUGAUCCCCGUACGGAGUAUGUGACUGGAGAGCCCAAAUACUCAAACCUGGCUCCUUUGACCUACGACCACGCUACGGGCAUGAACCUGGCCAAGCUGGUUGAUCUGCCACAUAAACGGUCGGCGCUCAUUCUUGGUAGCAGGGAGAAGUUUUUCCAUGUGGCGCCGCUGCGAUUUGACGGGUCUGACACUCUCGACCGCAAUCCCUUCCGCUCAUUGAAGUUGUAA